UUGGGGUUGAGCUUGGGGCAGUGUAGGGCUUAUUGUAGGCCCUAUUGUACUAUUCAAUUACGCCUCUAUUACGCCUUAUUAAGCCGGUUUCAGGUGCCGCUGGAUUUAGGGGCGUGGGUAAGUUGGGGCUAGUUCCAAGGGUGAGGAGUUUCUUCAUAAAAGAACUCUGGCUCUAAACUGGUGGGGGUAAGGAUUUGGCGGUGCCUCCAGUUUGGAGCCGUGGUGCAAGUGGGUAUUGGGGCUGCAGUGCGGAAGGGGGGAUAGAGGUUUUCGAUCGGACCGGACUGCUCGAUCUGUCCCUCUACUCUUACCGGUAGCUCGUCUCCGCCUUCGCGACCACGAGCUUUUCUCUCGUAUCUCGCUUAGUCCUGCGCGACCGGGAAGGGUAGAGAUGGCCAGAGAUUGCUUGGCUCGCGUUACCGCCGGUGUCGCUGUGGGCGGUGCAGUUGGUGGUGCUAUCGGUGCAGUUUAUGGAACCUAUGAAGCAUUUAGGUUUAAGGUACCAGGUUUGUUGAAGGUGCGCUACAUUGGGCAAACAACUCUAGGAAGUGCUGCGGUUUUUGGCCUUUUCUUGGGAGCUGGAAGUUUAAUACAUUGUGGAAAAUCCUAUUGAUGGAGAUUAGAUGGGUUGGAGGAGCUAUUCUGUUCGUCGAAUAGGAUCCAAGUCCAGAAUUUUAUAUUGACCAGCGGAUGGAAAGUCAUGUUUUGUUUUGAAUGCAAUGAGUCCCUGGGUGAGGACCGUUCAUUUCGAGUAUAGUAGAAGCACAUUUAAGUUGCUUCUGUCACUCCCCACCCUGUUAUUGGUAUAGUAUAAAUGGGGAAGAAGGAUGUCGCUCCUUGAGUUGUACAAAUGCUUCACUGUCAUUUAGGUGGUGCAUUUGAAAGUUAUACUGAGAUUUGAAUCGCCAGCGCUGGGAUCGGCAGCUGAUGCUGCCCCCCUUCAGGCAGUAAAGCAUCAGCCAUGUAAGAGUUUGGUGGUCUUUUGGUGCAUUAGGAAUAGGAUGAAACCACGACUUCAGGUUCCGCGAGGUAGCUGGUUACUUGCACAACUGCUGUGAUGUGAUUUUUUUUAGAACGAACUACGCUUCCAGCACUGAUUGCUGUGAUCGUCAUCUCCUAAUUUUUGGAAGGUCGCUGUCUGGACACUUCAACUCUGACGUCAGGGAAAAAGAGGGAAUCAGUUUUUACAAUUUUUUAUGUAGGUUAGUGCAUAAUGUGGCCCAAUGGCACGAGAAUCUCAGACGUCACCUUCCCGUCGAUCACGUUGUUCUCAACUCCCUGCUGGACAUAAAAACAACGUCUUGAUCACUCGUGAAAUGUUAAAAGCUCGAUUCUCGCACACAAAUUGUACCCAUGCGACAGAGCACAUGAUCUGAAAAGAGAGUCCAGAUCUGUACUCCAACCGGAUCUGAACCCAGCCGAGUGUAAGACUCAGACAUCUUCACCGCUUUUGUCUGACUGUCAACGGGAUAUGCAGGAGUGUAUGAGGCAGCU